AUGCGUACUGACGUUGUUGUUGUUGAGCUCCGGUUGUUAUGGCUGAGGAGAGAGGCCUCGGAAUAGACUAGAGUGCGGAGGAUCCCCGCCGGACCUCCCGGACCCUCGGACCCCCUCGGCUCGGCUCCCCGGGACCUCGGCCGUCGCCAUGGACGGCAUGGACAUGGACGUGGACGCGGAGCUCAUGCAGCGUUUCAGCUGCAUGGGCACCACGGACAAGGACGUCCUCAUCUCCGAGUUCCAGAGGCUGCUGGGCUUCCAGCUGAACCCGGCCGGCUGCGCUUUCUUCCUGGACAUGACCAACUGGAACCUGCAGGCUGCGAUCGGUGCGUACUACGACUUUGAGAGCCCCAACGCCAAAGCCCCGGCCAUGUCCUUCGUGGAGGACGUGACGAUCGGGGAGGGGGAGUCCGUCCCCCCAGACACAGCGUUCACUAAGACCUGGAGGAUACAGAACACGGGCGCAGAGUCGUGGCCGUCCGGUGUGUGUCUGAAGUACAUCGGCGGGGACCAGUUCGGCCACGUCAACAUGGCGCUGGUCAGGUCCCUGGAACCCCAGGAGAUGUUUGACGUCAGCGUGCAGAUGCACAGCCCCGCCGCCCCGGGCAUGUACCAGGGCCAGUGGAGGAUGUGCAACGCCACCGGACUCUUCUACGGAGACGUGAUCUGGGUGAUCCUGAGCGUGGAGGUGGGCGGUCUGCUGGGCGUGACGCAGCAGCUGUCCUCCUUCGAGACGGAGUUCAACACGCAGCCACAGCGCCACCCGCAGGGCGACUUCAACCCCUUCGCCUCGCCGCAGAAGAACAAGCACCACCACCACCACCACCACCACCACCAACAGGACGGGGGCGGCGGGGGCGGGGGGGGCCCCUGGGAGACGGGGCCGGGGCCCCUCGGGACGGAGCCCAACGGGGUGGACCUUCAGAGCAGCCGGGCCCCGGGAGUCACCUACGGACAGGGCGUCGGCGGGCCCUUCCCCUCCGGACAGAGCUAGGAGCACGGGGGCCCCCCAACAGGGCGGGGGGGCCCGGAGGAAGAGGAGGGGUGUGGCUAGCGGAGGAGGAGGAGGAAGAGGAGGAGGCGGAGGAGCGUGUUGACCCGAGGCAGGGUGAAGGGACAGUUGUCCUCUAUUGACUCUGUGACAGCACCCAACCCUCCCGGGACCCCUAAGAGCCCCCCCGGGGCCCCCCAAACAGAGACACGAGCCACGGCUACACAGACACCCAGACCUCCUCCGCGGACGCCUGGUUUACUUUAGGGGGGGGUUUGAACCCCAAGGGGUGACGUUCUUUAUGUUUCCGCGGUGGGGUAUGAAGUUUAAAAUAUCCCAAACGCGACCGUCGACACCUCUGAGACGGCACCGGCCGUCCGAAGAAUGGACCUUCCUGAUUGGCUGCGGUGUGCCUGGUGGUGAGCUGUGAUUGGUGCUGUCUCUGGGGAGCGGUGUGAUUGGCGGUUCAGAGGGGAUGGUGGUGGGUUUGACACGCAUCAUCAAACCAAGGUUGACUCAAGGUGGAAAUGAAUGAGUGAGUGAAUGAAUGAAUGAAGCCGCAGCGAAGGCGAGAUGUUUACGGACCGUGCCGCUGUGACGUCAUCAGGCAGUGGAUGACAUCACACCGUCACAUCCCAGCGUGGUUCAUCACCAGAAGCUGAUUGAUGAUUGUUUUUACCGGGUUUUCGUUUGGCGUUAGAUAAGUGUGUGUGUGUGUGUGUGUGUGUGUGUGUGUGUGUGUGUGUGUGUGUGUGUGUGUGUGUGUGUGUGUGUGUGUGUGUGUGUGUGUGUGUGUGUGUGUGUGUGUGGAAGCUGGGGGGACUGGUAGGUUAAAACAAAGCCAUCUAAAUCUAUUUUGCCGGGGUUCAGAUUUCAAGUGGGUGAAUCGCUGUCUUAAGUCUAUUAAAUGCGUGCGGGUAUGGACUUGUUAAGUAUGAGUCAUGUAUUUUUUUUGGGCUUAACUGACAAAACGGUGUGUGCUUAAUUCACAAAUGUUGUAUCUGUUAAGAAAAAUGUGUUACAUUUAAGAGAGAUUCAAUGGGCAUGUAUGUCGUCAGUAUUGUUCAGUAAUUUGUCACUAAGUCAUUCAUUCCCCCAGAGUUAAUUUAUUAUACCCUUCACUUAAAAAAAUACAAAUAUCCACACAGCCAGCAGGUGGUGCUAUUAUUCAAGUCACGUGUCAAUCAGAGGUCAGAGAGAAAAUAAUGCAAAUUUCUUUUUUGGCCUGUUUGUCUAAGUAGAAAAUAUAAGGCUUUUUAAUCACAAACUUUAGAACUGCUACUGCUAUUUGCACAACGCUGUAUGUCACCUGUGAUGGUAAUCACUGGUGCUGUGUGUGUGUGUGUGUGUGUGUGUGUGUGUGUGUGUGCGUGUGCGUGUGCGCGCGUGCUGGGGACGGGUAUGUUGCAUGCAUGGUUCAGACAGCUCUUCUAGUCAUAAGUCCAGUACUACCCUGGAUGACUUUACUCCUGGACUUUUGACUCUAAGUUGCCGAAGAAUAUAUUGAUUGUCUUAUCUUCACCAAAAACGUUUCCAAAUAUUAGAUUUUUUCUUCUGUGUGGCCUGUGGGUAGUUAAGGUUUUAGAAGGAGGUCUGUGUCCAGGCACUUGCCUAAACUCCACGUCUCCAUGGGAAAUGCCGGUUGGCUUGUGGGUUGCUGGUGAGAUCCCCACCAGUGAGUGAACCGAUCCCACACCUCAGCCCACACUGUCCGUGCACGUCUUUGUAACGCACGGCAACGUAAGCUGAUCCGAUUUGCAUAUCUUCGUCGAUGGGCCGCUUUGAAGACCAGCCUAGCGAGCGCCGGUCUUCGUCGGAUGGGCUUGUGAUCACAGGGGUUCACAGAUGUUCACCCCCCCUCACCCCCGCUCCCACAUGACCCCCCCAGGGAAAUAACGGAUCGAGAAAACUAAUCCGCGGCCCUGCCUAGUUUUUUGUUUUUGUUUUUUAUUUGUAUUAAUUAUGGAGUUUUCCUUUUCUGUGUGUGUGUGUCUUUGAGAGUGUGUGUGUGUGUGUGUGUGUGUGUGUGUGUGUGUGUGUGUGUGUGUGUGUGUGUGUGUGUGUGUGUGUGUGUGUG